AUGCCUCACUCGGUGUCUUCUAACGACUCUGCGCCCCAUAACAAUGACGAGGAAAUCCUCCCAGAUGCUCCGUCAGCACCCGAAAAUGAAAGCGUGACCGAUGAGCAAAAAGGCCAACCCAACCAAAAUGCCGAGGGCAACGUGAAGCUCGAAGAUUUAUUUGCCAACGACGAUGACGAUGAUGAUGAAUUCCCUGCCUCAAGUGCGCCGGACGUUAAGAUGGCAAGCUCUCCGCCACCAAUUCCAGCAGCUGCGCCUAAAGGCCCUUCUGGGAUAGAUGCAGAAACUAUGCUUGCCUUCUACCAGCGUCUAUUUCCGUUUCGAACCAUGUUUCAGUGGCUAAAUCAUGGUAUCGUUCCUUCUCCCGAUAUGAUCAAUCGAGAAUUUGCCGUCUUCCUACAAAACGAAGCUGUUCUUCGGUAUCAGUCUUACGCAACCGUAGACCUCUUUCGCAAGGAAGUUCUCAGAUUAAAUCCUACCCGUUUCGAGAUUGGGCCCGUAUACACCACGAAUCCACGCGAUCGCAAAAGCCGGCCUGGAAUACAAAUGAAACCCAUUGCGAAAGAACUCGUGUUUGAUAUUGAUAUGACCGAUUACGACGACGUACGCACGUGCUGCUCAGGGGCGCAGAUUUGUCAAAAGUGCUGGGCGUUUAUCACCAUGGCAAUCAAGGUUAUCGAUGGCGCGCUGCGAGAGGACUUUGGCUUUGAACACAUUUUAUGGGUAUACUCGGGUCGUCGUGGUGCUCACGCCUGGGUAGGCGAUCUCAAAGCUCGUCAGCUUCCUGACGAUAGACGCAAGGCAAUUGCGGGUUAUUUGGAGAUAGUCAAGGGCAACGACAAGAGCGGAAAACGCGUCAACUUGAAAAGACCCCUCCACCCACAUAUCGCCCGAAGCGUCAAAAUUCUGGAACCUCACUUCAAUCAAACAACACUUAUUGACCAGGACGUCUUCGUCGGCGAACAGCAAGCGGAGCGUUUACUGUCCUUGAUUCCCGAUAAAAAGCUAUCUGACGCACUACGAAGAAAAUGGGACUCAAUGCCGGACCGUUCUAGUGCAAAUAAGUGGAAUGAUAUCGUUACGCUGGCCCAAACGGUUCCUGGACUGGAUACCAAAGCAGUUACAGAUGCACGAUACGAUAUUGUCCUCGAAUACACAUACCCACGAUUGGAUGCCGAAGUCAGUAAAAAGAUGAUUCACUUGCUGAAAAGCCCAUUCGUCGUUCACCCUGGUACGGGACGUAUAUGUGUCCCCAUCGAUGGACGUGCAAUUGAAGAAUUCAACCCCCUCGCCGUUCCGACAGUGACUGAAUUACUCAAUGAGAUUGAUGAAUAUGACGCCAAAAACCCAGGGGAGCCAGCUCCAGAACCGGAAAUUCCAACAGAAGGAAGUGUCCCUGACCGGAAGAUGCAAGACUAUGAGAAAACACGGCUAAAGCCAUAUGUUGAUUACUUCCGAUCAUUUGUCGCCAACCUUAUGAAAGAUGAGCGAUCUGGCAAGCGAGAGCGUGGUGAGGAGCCGGCUAAAGCCACGACGACGAAUGAUGCCAUGGAAUUUUGA